GUUGUUUCGACUACUCAGCUUUCUGUUGAAUGCAUACACCCUGAGGUAUGUUUCAAAGGAGACCAUUGGCGUUGUUAAUGUGAGGCUCACACUGCUGUAUUCUACAGUCGUUUUCCUUGCACGAGAAGCUUUUCGGAAAGCAUGCCUGAAUGUUGGUGUGGAACAGAAAUGGGCGCAGGUUAUAAACCUGCUCUGGUUAACUGUUCCACUUGGAGUGCUCUGGUCAUUACUUUUGGGUUGGAUUUGGCUCCAUUUAGUAACAACCCCAGACCCAGCUCUAAUACCUCAUUAUGAAGUUGGUGUGGCAGCAUUCGGUCUCUCUGCUAUAGUAGAACUCCUCUCUGAGCCGUUGUGGAUCCUGGCACAGGUGCAUAUGUUGGUGAGGCUAAAGGUGAUUGCUGAGAGUCUUGCUAUUGUUGCAAAGUGUGUGCUGACUGUUCUGUGUGUCACAAUCGUACCGCACUGGGGUCUCUACAUCUUCUCUGUGGCUCAGGUUAGGGAUUUCAUCCAGAAGAAGACUACGCUCCUCACUAAGCCCUAUAAGCCCGAUUCAGAGAGGUUGUUGCUACAUUCCACAAACACCCUUUCGCUGCUUUACUCAGGUUGCCUCCUUACUUGUUACGUGCUGUAUUUUAUGAAGUAUAUUGGUUCACAGGAAGCACAAAGAAGAUCCUUCCCUCUCUCCACAGUAAGCGACGUAUUGCCUAAAUAUCAUUGUAAUCAGCCUAUCAUCGAUCUGAGAUUGGCUGUUCUUACUUGGAGCUUCUAUAAACAAUCUUUUCUGAAGCAGAUCCUGACAGAAGGUGAGCGAUAUGUCAUGACUUUUCUAAAUGUGUUAAGUUUUGGAGAUCAAGGUGUGUAUGACGUUGUGAAUAAUCUGGGAUCGCUGGUGGCCAGAUUCCUGUUCCUUCCCAUUGAGGAAAGCUUCUAUGUUUUCUUUGUCAAAGUGCUUGAGCGAGGAAAGGACAUUGGACACCAGAAGCAGGAGGAUGUUUCUAUGGCAGCCAAUGUUCUGGAGAUGCUUAUGAAGCUGAUGAUGUUGAUCGGACUGACCAUCACUGUGUUUGGAUACUCAUACUCCCAUCUGGCCCUGAAUAUCUAUGGUGGAUCGAUGCUGUGCUCAGGCCCAGGUCCAACUCUUUUGCGUUGUUACUGUGUCUAUGUAUUGCUCCUGGCUAUAAAUGGAGUGACCGAAUGUUUCACAUUCGCUGCAAUGAGUAAGGAAGAAGUUGACCGGUAUAACUUUAUGAUGCUGGCUCUAUCGCUUACAUUUCUUGGCUUUUCCUAUUGUUUGACAUGGUGGCAAGGAGGUGUUGGAUUUAUUUUAGCAAACUGCCUGAACAUGGGACUCCGAAUUACUCACAGCCUUCAGUAUAUCAGUCGUUACUUCAAGCAUAGCAAGAGUCAGCCCCUCAAGGGCCUUCUGAUCCCUGGGCCUUUACUGCUCGUCUAUCUUGGCAGUGGCAUAGUAACAGCACUUUCACAGGCUACUUUGAGUGAGCAGUGUUUGAUGUCCCAGUUGGUCCAUGUUCUGCUAGGGGCUUUGUGUUUAUCCAUCACCGUUGUCACGAUCUUCUUCACUGAGCCCAGACUUGUUUGGUUCGUUAGAACUCAAUUCCUUUCUCAGGGCAAGAAAGAAAUGUAGAAUUGAGAAUGAAACAAGCAGAAUGGUGAUUCCAAAGCCAAGAGACACCAACACCAGAGGACUUCCAGGGUGAUGGAUGAAAAUUUUGCAUUUUAAUUAUUAUAAAAUCACAAAGACUCAAAGUAAUCAUGGAAUCAUCAGAUCCAAGUGUGUGGGAUGGAUUUCACCAGAGAUUUGAAACAAGUCUGCUGUACUGUAUUUAUUGAAUAGAUUGAGUUCAAAUUU